AUGAUCAAAGAGGCUGAGAGAGACGAUCGCAACCAGAGACCUUCUUGGCGUGAGGCUACGGCGCCUUCAGGCUUUCUUACUCUGGAGGACGAGCCUAAGCCCUAUCAUCUUCGCGCGUAUGAUUCCUCAAUUAUGUGCAGAGAUUUGACGACUACUGAGCAGGUCCCAAGCAAUGCAUCAGUUGUCUGUGCGCUUGGGAGAGGCUCAGCUUAUCGAGUACCAAAUGACCAAGACCACAACUUUGGCGGCAUUCUGAGAAUGGUGUCUCGAGAUUCACUAGUUCUUGCCGACGAUGCGGCUUCUAUUCUGGAAGCACUGCCAAUUCGAUUCAAGAGGAUUAGGGAGAUGAUCGAUGACUGCUGUACCUCCCACCAUAGAUGCACUAGGUCAAGUUUGCCCUACCCUCAAAACGCCAGACUGAUAGACUGCUCAUCGAGAAAAAUUGUAACCUUGAAGAGCGGCACGAAUUACCUUGCGUUAAGCUACGUAUGGGGCCAAGCAGCUACCAAAUCUCAAGCGCAGCAUUCUCAUCAACUUAUACGAGAGUGGAAUUUACCAAACGUGCUACCUCAAACCAUUAACGACGCCAUUCAAAUCACGAUAGCACUUGGGUUCCAAUAUCUAUGGAUCGAUCGAUAUUGCAUUCAACAACAUCAAGCAAGCGACAAAGCCCGCCAGAUUCAAGAGAUGGCUAAUGUCUACUCGAACGCUUCUGCCACUAUCUGCGCCCUUGGCAAGGAUGAUGAGACAGGGAUACCUGGUAUAUCAGUCAAUCGAAAGGUGGAGUUCGCCGCCAGAGUACAAGGCAUGCAGCUCGCUUGGAGUGAUCGGAGAAUCACAAGCCUUUUAAAGGACUCUGUAUGGUCUACUAGAGGGUGGACACUACAAGAGGCUGUCUGCUCGCCCAGAUGCCUCUUCUUCACUCAGGAGCAGGUCGUGAUGGCCUGUGCUCUUGGGACGUUCAGCGAAAACCCGCUCGAACAUGCUUCCAUCUUCAAAAGGUAUUCCAAAUGGGAGAUGAAAGACAGUGCCCUCUUUGGCACCGCUGGCAGAGCGAUGGAGACCACGAACACCAUCCGCUUCGAGAUUCUACGCGAGGAGUAUAUGCGCCGCAAACUCGGGUACGAUACGGACGUCUUAAACGCAUUCCAAGCGAUCUUCUACCAACUGAACAUACCCUCCCACUGGGGAUUAGUCGCCCUGAAUCCUGUAUCGAAUCGCCUCCUUAUACAGGACGACGACAUUGAAGAUCUCGCCAUCCGUGGACUCUGCUGGAACUCCCAAGAACAAGACAAAGAAGCCCGACGCUGCGAGGGCGAGAUCCCGUCCUGGUCCUGGCUGACCCAAUACAGCGACAUCAAUGAGAACUGCUACUACGGCUCCAACCGACCCCUGUUCCUUCCAGAAAUAUCCGUCAUCCAGGCGAACCAAGAGCGCACCAAACUCGCCAAAAUCUUCGUCGAGAGCAUUUCCCGCGCAGCAAUACUGGAGAUAUCAAAGACGCUGGAAAUUGUCUCAGUCAUGGCCGUGUGGUCAGCCCCCCGGCAAACGAGAUCGCAGGCCGCGGUCAAGGUCUUGGAGAAACGUCCUCGCUACAGCUUAUCCCACAUUUCCGAUCCAAGGUGGGGGAAAUCUGCUGGACCUGCGCCCGGCCAGCUCUAUCUCGACAGCGUGCCCUCAGCGCCGGCCGGCCACAUUCUGGCGGGCAUGGAAAGGGCGAAGCCGAGAUCGGGUUAUGCGAUGCUCAUGCACGUGCGGCGGAACUCGGCUGGGUUCUUCAGCGCUUGGCUCUUGGUGCAGAGGGUGGGGAACGGCAGCUAUCGCCGGCAGGGCGUCAUUCUUGAGCAUGAAGACGACAGAAUACCGGUGGCUGAUGAUGGAGGCAAGUAUGUGCCGCCAGUGGGAUCUCUAAGGAGGAUCCUGCUGCGCUGA